GCUGAGCGGGCCCGCGGGUCAGCUGGCAGCUGAACGGGGGGCGACGGUUUCUGCCACCGCGAAAGCCGAGGAGACGGUGACGGCUGCCCGCAGACGGCAGCGGGGUGCGCGGACGGAUGAUGCCCACAGAUUUGCAACAGCCAUGGCAUCGUUCGGUUACAGAGCGUUCGGUCAGACGGCGGCGGAGUCGGUCAUUUACAAGCCCAUCGCCAGGUUGCCCCGGGACGUGGCCGAGAUCAUCGAGAAGACCAAGCCGGACCGCCUUCCACCCUUAGUAUUGACGAGCCCACACGAGGCCAUUCAUGCGCUCCACGAGGACUGGAAGCUGGUCAAGAAUUCGCGGUACGACCCCGAGGCGCGGGAGAAGGAGAUGAGGCUUCGGGACCAGAGGAACAUGCUCAUACAUGCGCACCUCCUCGCGGGCCGCCCCGUGUUCUACUCGAGCCCGGGGAACAGCAUGUGGCCCUUGGGCGAGUCCACCGUGGACAUCGGAGACGUCGUGUUUUGCAUCGCCCAGCCGCAGAACCAGUACUACGCCCACAUCACCACCAAGAAGUUGACUUGCCUUCGGCGCAGCGAGACCAAGUACUACAUCCGCAACAUCAAGCUGCACUGCAACGGCCACGUCUACAAGGAUGACAUUUUCGGUGUCCUCGUGCGCAUGCAGGUGGCGUACGGCCAGGAGUACUACCCCCGCCCGAUGGGACGAACGCUCUACGACAAGGUGCAGCCGCUGCUAAACGUCGACGAGGACGCCGCCAAGGCGCUCUGUGAGCCUCAGCGGGGCGAGCCCGCGUCUGGGAGCAGCGGGCAGCUUGGCGGAGCUGCAACAGCUUAG